UUUCAUUUUGUCAGUUUCGUGGUAUACUUUAUCAUGGUCAACAAAGAGUUGGUGAGGAAAUUGCUACAACACCUCGAUAAGAACGGAGAUGGGAAAAUUGAUGUGAACGAACUGAAGAUGUUCCUUGAUCGAGAGAAGUGGCCGUUUGUAGUUGGAUUUGUGAAGAUACUCCCUGAGUUCAUGCGCGUCAACGAAUCCAUCAUGGCAACUGAACGUGCUGCACCAGGCCGCCUCAUGUUUCAGUUGCUACCAUAUUCGAGAUAUCGCGAUAC